AGAGGUUUGUAAAACAAAUAGAUAUUUAAUCAUUUAAUAAUUAAUACUACUAAGAUUAUCAGUUAGGAUGACUGAGUAAUUGUUCCUCUAUUAGGAGAGGCUUCCACCGUAGAUACAAAUGAUUACACUCCAAAAACAAUAAAUGACUUUAAGAUAUAUCUCAUUUCACUUUCAGCUCUUAUCUAGAAUUUCCCUUUUGGGGUUGUCAUUAUCCUUAAACACUGCCUUGAUAAAGCACACUCAUGACCCAGUGGCAACUAAUGCGUGUUGACUAUGGAUAUGCUCUGUAUUGUGGUGAAUAUCACUUCCAUUUUACAGAACCAUGAGUACCAGCCAAUUCCUGGACAGUGUUGUGGAAAAUGCGUACAGACAAGCUGCGUGGUUUCACUUCCAGGCAACGCUACACACAGCAUUCCGGUACGAGCCUUGACCUUUGACACAUCAGCAUCACAAUGAAAAUGGCUGGACUAAAUCCUCUUCAGAAGUGUAAACACAUUCUGUCCCUUCUGAUAGGUUAAUACGACAUGGUCGCCUGCUGAUGACAAAUGUGUAACAUACACAUGUGAAAGUCGUGAUGGAUCACUUGAGGCUAUGACCUCCAGAAAGGUGUGCCCUGCCUUCAACCCGGACAACUGCGUCCCAGUAAGUACCUCCCCAUGGUGCCAUCCUGUGACUAAUGAUUGUAAUUUCAAGAACCAGACAGAUACAAACCGCAUCUACAGUUAAAGAAACAGUAUUCAACAAUGUGCCACUUUUUGAAGCAUGUUUUUAUAGGCUAUAACUAGUACUGUUAUCAUCUUAAAAAUGAUUUCCAUGGUAUAAUGUCAUGUGAAGGAAGGGUAAAACACAACUGUUGUUCCAACUAGCCACCAAGGCUAUGCACUAUGCAGUUAUGUGGUCCAGGUAGGUAAAUGUAAAAAAAAAAAAAAAGGAAAAUAGUGCCAGCUAUGCUGUUGUUGGUGUUGGCUUUUGCAUGUAUUCUCAGUAGUUAGAUUGCUAGAUUUCGACCAAAACUCCUCACUCUAAUUUGUCCCUAAAAUCCCACCAUAGUGAAUGACACUACAUGUUAUCAUUUAGGACAUGAAAUAAACAUUGUGUUUUGCCACAGGGAACAGAGACCACAGAUGCAGAUGGCUGCUGCAAGAGCUGUAAGUGCAGACAUCUUCAUAUUUUUUACUCAUUACUCAUUAAUUUAUCUAUCUACUAACUUAACAGGGAAGUGUUAAAAAUACAUUGAUAGGUACAGGAGACUGUAUUGUCGGACCUCACAACAAAUGUAAUUACCAAGAUGGGAUAACGGUUUUCUAUGUGCUAGGACUAUCCUGAUUACUUUUUAAAUGUCCACAGGCAUCAGGCGCAGCAGCUGUGAGGUGCAGAAGAACAGCACCAAACUGACCUACAAUGGAUGUGUCAGCUCAGAGAACAUCGAGAUCUCCUCCUGUGCCGGCUCCUGUGGAACAUCAUCCAUAUACUCGGCAGAGGCCAACGCCUUGAAGCAUUCCUGCUCAUGUUGUCAGGAGAAAGCUACUCAAGAGAGGAAGGUGUUGCUGACCUGUCCUAAUGGCUCAAAGAUCACACACUCAUACAUCUACAUUGAGACGUGCGAGUGCCAUGUCACAGACUGUGAUGCAGGCUCCACACCCUCUCUAAAACAGCGUAGAAGGAGAAGAUAA